AUGGAGCAACACCAACGAGGGGGAAGUUGGUCAGCUUCGGCCGAGGCUGGCGGGAACUGUCAUGGCAGUGAUGGCAGCUGCUUCAUCGCCUUGCGUUCAAACUUCAUCUCCUCGGCUGAGUUUGCCAAGCGAUAUCCGAUCAUGGACCUCGACCACAGCGAGUCCUCGCUUUCCUGUAUACGACCGCCGUCAUCGCUGCUCAUUGAGCGCCCUGUCGAGCCCGAUGAGCCCGCCAACGCCCAGGAGAAGGGGAAGCGCGUCCACUUCUUUGAUUUCUUCUGCCCAAGCUCCCCAGCUGCUUCACCCAUCUCCCCCAGAGUCAUCGUCCAGCAUGACGAGAAGCGCUUCGAAUCAGCUGCCGUCUUUUCUCCAAGCCCCGAGGCUGGUCCAUCUACUUCACCCAAAAACGUCGUUCAUAAGGAGAAGCACUUUGAAUUACCCGAUGUCUUCUCUCCGACUCCUGCGAAUGUUCCACAUAUCUUACCCAAAGCCAUCAUCCAAAAUGAGCAAACGCGCCUCGACCUACCUGACGUCUUCUCCCCAACACCCGACACCGUCUCGCCAACGAAGCCAACGACAGACCACCACCUGCCCAGCUCAUCCUCUCACCAGCAUUCGUCUAUAGAGGUCAUCAGCACCCCCGCCGACCUGAGGAACUUCAAAAGCGGCGAGCUCGAGCGCGAAGGAGCCCCUGCUCGUGAGGUGCUCAGGGACCAGUUCACGGGUCCUUGCCCAGUUGGCGACCCUUCUGUGCUCGACCCGGGACCGUAUAGACUGAUGUUCCCGCCUGCAUCUCGCGACGCAUACCCCAACAUCGAGAGGUUCCCGUUUACAUUUGUGGAAUCGUCCAAGGUUGUCGACCUGGAAGAGCCGAUGGGAGAAUACGUUGAGCAGAGCGACAAGCUCGAAGACUUUCUCACCGCGCAGAGCAAGAAAUACACCAAAGACUAUACCAAGUACGCUCGACAACAUGCGAAGCUUACUGCGACCUGGAACAAGAUCAACGACGCCCGAUAUGCCAAGGCUGAGAAGGCAUCGCGCAGGGAAGAUCACAACCCCGCCAAGGGAGGGCACAUCAUCAUUGACCCUCUCACUCGAAACCAGCAACACAGGAUUAUUGACCUCGAGGCGGAUCUGGCACCGCUGAUGGAAAAGGUGGCGCUUAACCGUGCCGAGACUGAGGGCGCUAUCGCGGCGGCCUUCAUGUUCAACUGGGACUACGCUGAUCUCGCGCCGACGAAGGAACAGGUGGCUACAUUACGCGAGAUCAAGGGAUUCGAGAAGUUCGUCUUUAAGAAGGAGAAGCCUGAGGUCUUGACUGGUCUUGACUAUGUCGUCACUGAAGCUGACCUGCAUGGGCACGCCGGCAGUCGGAAUCCUACUCAGCCUCUGUUCGACGAUAUCCGAAAGGAGAGCAAGAAGGUCUACCAGGAAACGUUUUGGAAGCAGCGAAAGGAGGAGCUUCUACACGCUCCUGUAACUUCUCUCCCACUACCUCCACCUACUGAGCCUAUUGAGUCUACUGAGCCAGCUCCCUGGGAGGCGUUCCUGUGUCCCAAACCCAAGACGACCGUCAAGGACGAAGCCAAGUCAUCGACUCUGAUUCCCGACUGGUUCCCCUUCUUUGUCAAAUCCAACAUCUUCAAGUUCGAGAGCUACAAACUCCAAGAUCAGUUCAACGAACUCCUCCGCACCAUUCGAAAGCUCGAGUCAAGAAUUAACAACCCCGACACUCCUGCGCGGUCCAAGUGGGAUCUUGAAUGGCACGAUCCAAGCCUUGCGUGGUCGACUCCAGUCCGACAGAAGAGCGGCGGUUAUUUGCUGGCAAUUCUCAUCAAACACGAUGACGAAAUGAUCAAGGGUUUCUGCUGGUUUGCUCGCACGCCUGAACAUGAAGGUUACCACUCAGCAAUUAUCUGCCAGUUCGCUACAACCUACGACAGCAGUCUGAAACCUCCGGACCAAAGGCUGCUCAGUAGAUAG